UCUGGUGCUGCAGCGGCCGAGAGGGACGCGCACCCGAGACUCGCCGGACGCGCUCAUCAUCAUCAUCAUUAUCAUCACCGCCGCCGCCGCCAUAAUUUUUUUUUUUUAUGAUCGUAACCAUCGCCGUUGACAUCACGGACCCAUUUGGGGGCGACGGGGGGGACGCGGUUUCGAGCGCACGAUCUGGACCAUUUCCUUGAAGACGAGGGCUGAGGCGACAUCCUCGCAGGGUCCAGCCGGGGCGAUAUGGACUUCGCCGUGGUCCGCCUGAAGGUGGGGGAGAAUACGAUGAGGUCCUCGGGUUCGGGAGCUGUCCUGCUCAUGAUCCUGCUGAGUCACGUGACAUCGGCGCUCGAAGUGCCCCUUGAUCUGCCCCAGCCCCCGACUAUUACGCUCCAGUCGCCGAACGAUUACAUCUUCGACCCGCGGGAGAACGUCGUCAUCCACUGCGAGGCCAAGGGGAAGCCUCACCCCAACUUUUCUUGGACGAGGAACGGGAGCCAUUUUGAUGUGGAGCAAGACUCUAAAGUUCUAAUGAAGCCCGGCUCGGGAACGCUGGUCAUCGACAUCAGCGGGGAAAAAGCCGAGGCCUACGAGGGGACUUACCAGUGCACGGCCCACAACGACCACGGCACGGCCGUCUCCAACAACAUUGUCAUCAGACAGUCCAGGUCCCCCUUGUGGUCGAAAGAAAGGCUUGAGGCCAUCACAGUGCAGAAGGGGGUCUCCUUGGUGCUGCAGUGCCGACCCCCGGCGGGGCUGCCCCCACCGGUCAUAUUUUGGAUGGAUAACAUUUUCCAGAGGCUGCCGCUGGACAACCGAGUAUCGCAGGCCUUGAAUGGGGACUUGUACUUUUCCAAUGUCCUCCCAGAGGACAACAGGAACGACUACAUCUGCUACGCCCGCUUCCCUUACACCCAGACCAUCCAGCAGAAGCAGCCCAUCUCCGUCACAGUCCUGGAGACCAACCCGACCGGGGAGCGCCGUCCUGGUUUUAUGCUGCCUUUGGGCCCCUCCAGCACCAAGAUGGUCCUGCGGGGGGAGACUCUCGAGCUGGAAUGCAUCGCCGAAGGCUUGCCCACUCCGGAGAUGUCUUGGCAGAAAGACGGAGGAGAGCUGCCGACCAGCAGGGUUUCGUUCCUCAACUACAAGAAAACCCUGAAGGUUUUGGACGUCAGCGAAGCCGACGCCGGCGACUACACCUGCUCGGCGACCAACCGCCUGGGCUCGGUGCACCACAACAUCAAGGUCACUGUCAGAGCUGCUCCAUUCUGGAUCAGCGCUCCCAGGAACCUGAUCCUCGCCCCUAAUGAGACCGGCAUCCUGACUUGCAGAGUCAACGGAGACCCCAAGCCUGAUAUAACUUGGUUCGUCAAUGGCGUGCCCAUAGAAAAUGCUCCCGAAGACCACACCCGCAAGGUGGACGGCGACACGGUGAUUCUGAGCCGUGUGCAGUCCGGGUCCAGUGCCGUUUACCAGUGCAACGCCUCCAAUGAAUUUGGCUACCUGAUGGCCAACGCGUUUGUCAGCGUGCUCGCUGAGCCCCCAAGGGUGCUCACUCCCCCCAACCAAGUGUACCAGGUCAUCACCAACAGCCCCGCUUUACUCCACUGCGCCACUUUCGGCUCACCGAUACCAACCAUUACAUGGUUUAAAGACAGUCAGAUCAGCAUCAAGAGUGGCGACCCCUACGUGAUCCACGAGAACGGCACUCUGGAGAUCAACGUGGCCCAGUCGCAAAACAGCGGCAAGUACACGUGCAUCGCCACCAACAACCUGGGCAUCAAGGAGAACCAUGUCUUCCUGGAGGUGAAGGAACCCACCCGCAUCCUGAAGCAGCCGGAGUACAAGGUGGUACAGCGGGGCAUGAGCGCCGUCUUCGAAUGCAAAGUCAAACACGACCCGUCCCUCGUCCCCACCGUGACCUGGCUCAAGAACAGCGGCGAGCUGCCCGACGACGAGAGGUUCGAGGUGGACGCCGACAGUCUGACCAUCAAAGACGUGACGGACGACGACGCGGGCACCUACACGUGCAUCAUGAACACCACCCUAGACCAGGACUCCGCCAGCGCCACGCUAACCGUCGUCGAUAUACCUGACCCGCCCAUUGAUCUGGAACUUAGUGACCAAACCGAGCGGAGUGUUCGGCUCACUUGGAUCCCCGGCGAUGAACACAACAGUCCCACACAAAAGUUUUUGAUUCAGUUCGAGGAUUUGCUGCACCGGCCCGGCGUCUGGGUCAACUUGACCGAGGUUGCCGGGACGAGCACCACGGCGCAACUCGACCUCUCGCCGCACGUCUACUACUCCUUCCGGGUUCUGGCGAAGAAUCACGUGGGUUACAGCCAACCCAGCCAACCGUCACGCCAGUACAGAACCAACCCGGCGGCCCCUGAUGAGAAUCCUUCAGAUGUUCGUGGAGAAGGAACAGAACCCGGCAACCUUGUCAUCUCCUGGAAAUCACUGACAGGAUUCCAGUCAAACGGGCCCGGUUUGGAGUACAAGGUGCUGUGGAGACAGAGGGACGUGGAUCAAGAUUGGUCCUCCAAGACGGUGGCCAACGCGUCCCAUUUCGUCGUGUCCGGAGUUCCCGUCUACGCCCCCUUCGAGAUUAAAGUUCAGGCGUUGAACGACUACGGCAACGGGCCGGAGCCCGAAGUCGCGGUCGGAUACUCCGGGGAAGACCUGCCCUUGUCCGCCCCUGACGGCGUCCUGGUCAUGGUCCACAACGGCACCGCGGCGGAAGUGCACUGGGAGCCGGUGUCUUCUAACUCGGUCCGCGGGAAACUGAAGGGCUACAAGGUGUACUACCGUCGCGAACGAGGCUUGGAUGAGACUGAGCGGGAUCAAAACGCGCAAGAGCAAGUUCUGACCAUCAGCGGGAACCAGACCGGGGGACGUCUGCCGGUCCUGCAACCGUACAGCCUCUACAACGUCUUCAUCAGGGUCCUGAACAGCAAAGGGGAAAGUCCUCAGAGUCAGGAGAAGCAGUUUGAAACACCCGAGGGAGUUCCAGGACCACCCUCGUUUCUUAACAUCUUGAAUCCCGGUUUGGACUCGCUUACUCUGGAAUGGGGCCCACCGCUGAACAAAAACGGACGCCUGAUCGGAUACACGCUGAAAUACCGGCCAGUCAGCAAUACCACCGAAGCGGGUCCGGUCAAGGUCAUGGAGUUUCUGGUCAACGAGACCACCGUGACGCUGGACAAUUUGAACUCCAGCGUGCUGUACAAGUUCGACCUGAGCGCAAAGACCAUCAAGGGCCCCGGUGCCGAGGUCACCAAAGAGGCCUCCCCCCUUGUGGAAACCAGCCCCACCGAGCCCCCUCCUCACCCAACCUCCCCCGCCACUCAGUCUGCGCACCCCCCGCUUCACAAGGCGCCCUCCGUAGCCCCCGUCUUCGGCAUAGUGAACACAUCCGUGUCGGAGGAAUGCGCGCUGAUCACGUGGGAAUACUUUGGACACCAUAAGAAUAUUUACGUGGAGUACACGGUCGAAAACAGUAAAGAGGACUGGAAAAAGGAGUCGGUAAACGGCUCUCGCUCGCAUAUUUUGAAAGGGUUAAAGCCGGGGACGGCCUAUAGGGUGCGCGUGGUAGCUCGAGACCCCGCCGGGCCGACGCUCCACAGCACGAGCGAAGAGGUGGUGACGGUGCCAGCCGUGGCCAGUCGGGACGUGGACAUCGCCACCCAAGGCUGGUUCAUCGGGCUGAUGUGCGCCAUCGCUCUCCUCAUCCUGGUGCUCCUCAUCGUCUGCUUCAUCAAGAGGAACAAGGGGGGGAAAUACCCAGUGAAAGAGAAAGAAGAAGCCCACCAAGACCCGGAGAUCCAACCCAUGAAGGAGGACGACGGCACGUUCGGAGAGUACAGUGACACGGAGGACCACAAGCCGCUGAAGGGCAGCCGGACGCCGUCCAACGGCACGGUGCGGCGCGACGAGAGCGACGACAGCCUGGUGGACUACGGGGAGGGCGGGGACGGCCAGUUCAACGAGGACGGCUCCUUCAUCGGCCAGUACAGCGGCAAGAAGGAGAAGGACACGCACGAGGGCAACGAGAGCUCCGAGGCGCCGUCGCCCGUCAACGCCAUGAACUCCUUCGUCUAACGAACCCCGUCGUCCGCGGGCACCUUAACUUUGACCGCAGCGGUUGAUCACCACGGCAACCUGUCACCGAGGACGCCCCCCCCCCCCCCGUCAUCCCCUUCCGCCCCGACACCGUCGCACCUCCUGAGCAAACUCGCCGACGACGGACACCGACCCGCAGAAGGUGCCGGAGGAACGACUUUUCGAGAGAAGCAAUACAGAGAAAGGAAGGCUUCAGGAGCUUUGGCCGUACGCGUGUGUGUGUGGGGGGGGAUGGGUUCACGGUUUGAUAUCCUUUGCUAACCAUUUCUGCACAACCGCAACGCAUCCGCACGUGCGCCGAAUCACACAUUAACUGCAUGGAGUCGACGGCGACCACGGGAAGCCGGCUGAGGUUGGACCUCCCGAAGCGGACAAAUGCGACGGCGGAAAAAACAAAAAUAUUUAGUGUACAGCUAUAGCGAGUCCCUGUGAAGUGAAAAUACACGUUUGUAUAUCUGAAGCGCCGCAAAGAUGAAUGUUGUCCGCGACCUCGCCGAACAUGAAUAAUCGGCGGCGUGUAAAAUGAGGCUUCGAAGUAGUGAGAAAUCAAACUAGCCGUUCGCUCCGCUACGCCGUACGCGCCGUUAGCGCACCCUAGCUAACUCGCUCUAGUAGAUUUCCGACGGCUUGUAAAAUGCUACAUCAGCUAGCAUUUCGCUUAUGUCUGCACAGUGAAAAUCGUUGGACUUUAGGUUCGCCUUCUCGACGUGAUACGAAUGCGUUAGCGGGCAACAACGAGGCACUCGAAAAAGGUUCCGCACCGACACGGAGCACUGGACGGGGAAGUGUCCACAUGCAGACUUUUAUAAACUCAAAAAAACUCCCCCUUACUAGCUAAACCGCCUUCCUAUGCAUGACGUGCACGCACUCGUGGCGUACAACGAGGCACUCGUAUAUUACCCGUAAGAUUGAUGCGUUUUUGCGAAGUAGGCGUAGCUAGCUAGCUAAUUGCUAAUGUGAAUCAUAUACGGCGCGUCACGCGGUGCCAUUUUAGCCAAGCCCAAAACUUAUUUUAAAAAAGUCAUUGACUCUAUAUUUCCAUAAUUCAGGAAUACAUUUUUCCCGGUAUUUGGACAUUUUCAAAAAUUAAUCUUCAAACUUGUAUGAUCUAUUUGAAGCAAAUCACCAAAUUCACUUUACAGGGUCGACUAUUGUUAAUUCGUGUGAAAUAUGGAUUAUGUAUACUCGCAGGGAGCUCCGACUUCUUUUUUUUUUUAAUGAUUGAAUAGGUGAACAUACAUAUUUGUUGUACCUUCUGAGAUCUAGUGCACUGGUGUCAAACUCAAGGCCCGGGGGCCCAGAAUCGGCCCGGCACGUGAUUUUACGUGGCCCGCGGAGCCAAAUCUAGAGUGUCAAUUUACAUGAUUCUUGCAAAAUGUGUACCAAAAUUUCAAAUUGGCAAUGUCAUAAAUGAUGAUGUUGAGAUGUUACAAGCAUUUUUGCUAGUUGAAAAACACAUUGAUUCCAAAACUAGUUCAUAAAUUGAAAAUGUAAAUGUGAUUCAACAUUUUUAUGGUUUCACAGUCUCAACGGCUCCUGAUGAGGGAAGCCGGAAUGUCAAUGCGGCCCGCGAGGAAAAUUGAGUUUGACGCCCCGGAUCUAGUGGAAGGGCUUUGUGGAAUUGUUCUGCCUCUCAACAUACGUCACUGGCAUAAAACAUAAUUGGUCAUUUUCAUGUAAUAUGAUCAAUAGCAGUAAAAAUGUUUGAAAAAAACAGAUUUGUAAAAAUCUCCUUUGCUGAAACAGCCACACUUAAAUUACUAUUAUUACAGUUAUCGAUGAUGUAAAAUUGUAAGGUGCCCAUUGGUGCCCGACUGAAAUAUAUUUUUAUAAAGACAAAAAUACAUAAUGGUAAAGAGGAUACAAGUUCAUACUUGAUCAUAACUACUCAUUAAACCCGCCGCACUCUUGUUUUUGUGCAACUGUAAUAACGGUAAAGACAAAUUGAUGCAUUUUUCAUAUCAUUUCAUGGCUGCCUCGUGCCUCAUCCUGCUGCGUCGGCGCACAGAACCCUCUGGUGCAUUGCAACACUUCACGGUAAAGACAGCUUUACAAAGGGGGAGUAUUUGUAAAAUAAGCAAUAAAUUAAUAAAAGCAACUCUGAAGACAUUAAAACGCCCUCGUUAGUUUUCAUGGGGGGGGGGCAUACCUUAGAGCACAGGUAUCAAACUCAAGGCCCGGGGGCCGGAUGCGGCACGCCACGUGAUUUUAUGUGGCCCGCGACGGCAACUCCUGUGAAUCAACUUCCGUGAUUUUUGUCAAAUCUGGACCAAAAUUUUUAAAUUGUCCUAUCAAAAAAUGAUGAUGUUGAGAUAUUGCAAGCAUUUUUGUGUUACCAAACAUCAACAAUAGUUGAAAAACACAUUAUCCUUGAUUUCUGGUUCCAAAACUAGUUGAUCAAUUUUAAUGCGUAAAUAUGAUAAUAACUACAACGUGGCCCGUGAUAGGAAUGACUUUGACACCCCUGCUUUACAGUAUAUUCAUUAAUGUAAUUGGCAUCUUCCAAAAACUUUGCAAAUUAUGAAAUAUCUAUCGGACACCUAGUAAACUUUAUUUCAAGACAAUUACGAGUGAUGCAUAAGUGUCUUUACCGUUAUUAAUCAAAUUAUAUGAA